GCUCUUACUUCCUUAGCGGCGUGCUAGCUGCUAGCUGCUAGCGUGCUACGAACCGUACUUGUCCAUGACAGGUUUCAGAUAUGAUGAGCGGUAGAACGAGCGCGAUAAUAGCUGGGGUGUGUGGAGCCUUUUUCGUCGCAUACUGUAUUUAUUUUGACAGAAAGCGACGGAAUGACCCUCGCUUCAAAGAAAAGUUACGUGAACGUAGAAGAAAGCUAAAAGUUUCCAGUGAAAAGUCUGGAGGGUCAAAGCUGCCUGACUUGAAGGAUCCCGAAGCUGUUCAGAAAUUCUUUCUGGAGGAAAUCCAGCUUGGAGAGGAGCUGCUGUCACAAGGUGAAUUUGAGAAAGGUGUAGACCACCUGACCAAUGCAAUUGCAGUAUGUGGUCAACCUCAGCAGCUACUUCAGGUACUCCAGCAAACACUGCCUCCUCCAGUCUUCCAAAUGCUGCUCACCAAACUACCCACAAUCAGCCAGCGAAUCAUCAGCUCACAGUCUUUAACAGAAGAUGAUGUUGAAUGAGUGUGUGUGUAUGAGUAUAAGACAUUAAUCUGAUUUAUUACUCCUCAAAGGGAUUUCAGUCUUUGAUGCUUUACUGUUUGGUACAAAUGACUGCACUUGUGUAUGAGUUGUGAGCCCAGUCAUGAGAGGUUUUGCCACUCCAGAGAUGGAGAACUUCUGAGUUUUUCUUUGUAACCUCACUCCCCCCACAUAUCAUCUUUUCUAGCUGUCUGUUAAUUGUUUGUUUUUCUCAAGUAAUUGUGCUCCUUUAGGUGGAAAGAUAUUGCAGAGACCUAUUGUAUUAACUUAAUGUAGUUUAUUUGUGUGCAAAUUAUGGUGUUUUCACUAAAACAAGACUAAAAAGAAUGUUGGAAUAUUGUUAUUAAGUCAGAAUCUAAUCUCAUCAGUAAAAUGUUAUUUUUAUAUUCUAGUUUCACUUUUCUGUGUAAAAUCCUAUAAUAAAACAUAAAAACACAA